AUGUCGCCUGCGCGGCCUCCUCCGACCUCCCCUCGCCUCCGCGCCCUCCCCCGCGACGGAGUCCUCCCGUCCUUCGAUGCCGGUCGAUUCCCCAGUAUCCCUGGACGCCUUAGUCUCCGCUCCUGCGCCCGCGCCGGCCGCGUCUACUGCCUCUUCUCCGGCGGUGAUAGCCGCAAGAAACAGGAUGAAGCUAGAAAAGCACUGGAAAAUGCCCUGGGGAAGAAGAAGGCUGAGUUUGACAAAUGGGGUGUGGAAAUUGAAAGGAGGAGGCAAAGGGGCCAGCCUGGAGGUCCUGCUGCUGGUGGUGGAGGAUGGUCAGGAGGAGGCGGGUGGUUUAGGCGGCUUAUGGGUGGAGGUUUCUGGGAUGCAGCAAAACAAACUGCUUUUACAAUCCUUGGCAUUAUCGGAGCGUUUUUCCUGAUUGCAAACUUCAAUGUACUGGUGGCUGCUGUUAUCAAUUCGUUGUUGCUUGUGCUGCGGCAAAUACGGCGCAUACUCUCCUUCAUAGCUCUCUGUGUUUCCCAGUGCGCAUUGGUUGAAAAGUCUGGACCAAAGUCAAGUACCCUUGUAAGUAGCAAUGUGGCUGGAGUGCCUGCAAAAGAAAGAGCUGGAAUGUCUGCGAAAGAAAGAGUUGUUAGGAAAUGGGGAAUGGACUGA